UAUUUUUAUGAGUUUCAGUUUGUCCAGUGAUCUCCAUCCUUGUAAUUGCAGGCAUGUGAAAGGCCGCGUGCUGGUUGCCCUCGCCGAUGGGACACUCGCGAUAUUCCACAGAUCGGAGGAUGGCCAGUGGGAUUUGUCCAACUACCACCUCAUGGACCUCGGCCGACCUCAUCACUCCAUCCGGUGCAUGGCCGUCGUCCACGAUAAAGUGUGGUGCGGCUACAAGAACAAGAUCCACGUCAUUCAGCCAAAGAGCAUGCAGAUAGAGAAGUCCUUCGAUGCCCACCCUCGGAGGGAGAGUCAGGUACGGCAGCUAGCCUGGAUCGGUGAUGGAGUCUGGGUGUCGAUCCGACUGGAUUCAACCUUGCGUCUCUACCAUGCGCACACGCACCAGCACCUCCAGGAUGUAGACAUAGAGCCAUACGUCAGCAAGAUGCUGGGUACCGGCAAGCUGGGAUUCUCUUUUGUGCGAAUCACAGCGCUUCUGAUUGGUGGAAAUCGUCUUUGGGUUGGGACUGGAAACGGUGUUAUCAUCUCCAUCCCACUGACAGAGAGUGAGAGUCUUUUUUCUUUAUUUUUUGGUGCCUAAAGGAUCAAAAGUGAUUAUUUGUCAUAAAUACUUGAAGUUUUAGGUGGUUUACACAGCAGAAUAUCUGGAUAACCUGUCAGCAAAUGUUUGUUACAUUUGAUGCACGGGACCAGGCUCCCAAAGGAUACAGAUACAGGUGUACAGUUCAUAAAGUUGGCUUUAUUUUACCCUCCAAAAUGUUAAAAGGUAAAUCAAAAACACAACAGCACUUUACAAAAUAAAAGAAGAACUUAUAAAU